GGACCGUGUUACCCCCCACGUCGACGUCAUUUGGGGAUAAAAAAAAAAUAAGGGAAAAAAAUGACAAGCCUUGCAAAUGUUAACGCGACAUGAUCAGGACAUUGUCUACUUGUAAUUGAAAAGUUCCAACGCUUUCGCAGAGUUUCGCUUGAGACUAGUUUGUCUACGUGGGACCGACCCAUAAACUAAUUGGCCUUCCUCGCCCGUCACAGCGCCGUCCAGGUGUUGAGCACUGAGCCAUGGACACCACCACUUCCCUGAAGAUGACCUCCGUGGCUGUCCAGAGUCUGUUCAACUACGUGGAGGAGGAGAACCUGGCUGCCAUCAAAGCACACUUGGAUAAGUUCAGAGACGUCGACAGCAGGAGUGAUAAUGGACAGACUCCCCUUAUGGUGGCAGCUGAGCAAGGCAAUCUGGAGAUCGUACAGGAGCUCAUAAAGAGAGGAGCUAACAUUAACUUCGAUGAUGUUGACUGCUGGACGGCUCUGAUGUCAGCAUCCAAGGAAGGCCACAUCCAGGUGGUGGGAGAAUUGCUGGACAACGAUGCUAAUAUGGAACACAGAGACAUGGGAGGUUGGACUGCUCUGAUGUGGGCCGCCUAUAAAGGUCGUACAGAUGUGGCAGAACUGCUCCUCAGCAAGGGAGCUAACCCGAACAUCACGGGUCAGUAUAGCGUCUACCCCAUAAUUUGGGCGGCGGGUCGAGGCCACGCUGAGAUCGUCCAUCUCCUGCUGCAGCACGGAGCCAAAGUCAACUGCUCGGACAAGUACGGCACCACUCCACUGAUCUGGGCUGCCAGGAGAGGUCAUUACGACAGUGUGAUGCACCUUCUGGCCAACGGAGCCGACGUAGACCAGGAAGGAGCUAACUCCAUGACUGCGUUGAUCGUGGCAGUGAAAGGCGGCUACACCGACGUGGUCAAGGAGCUGCUGAAGAGGAACCCCAAUGUCAACAUGACCGACAAGGACGGCAACACAGCCCUAGCCAUCGCUGCUAAGGAGGGACACACAGAAAUUGUGCAGGACCUGCUGGAUGCCGGCACCUAUGUUAACAUACCAGAUAGGAGCGGGGAGACCAUGCUGAUUGGAGCAGUCAGAGGAGGUCAUGUGGAAAUAGUGCGAGCUCUACUGAACAAAUACGCAGAUAUUGAUGUCAGGGGCCAGGACGGAAAGACUGCUCUCUACUGGGCUGUGGAAAAAGGUAAUGCCACCAUGGUGAGGGACAUCCUGCAGUGUAACCCUGACACGGAGAGCUGCACCAAGGAAGGAGAAACCCCACUCAUCAAAGCCACAAAAAUGAGGAACAUCGAGAUCGUUGAGCUGUUACUGGAUAAAGGAGCAAAAGUGUCAGCUGUAGACAAGAAAGGCGACACACCCCUCCACAUCGCCAUCAGAGGGAGGAGCCGAAAGCUGGCCGAGUUGCUGCUAAGGAACCCUAAAGAUGGCCGCCUACUUUACCGUCCGAAUAAGGCUGGAGAGACGCCAUACAACAUUGAUUGCACCCACCAGAAAAGCAUCCUCACGCAAAUAUUUGGCGCCAAACACCUCUCCCCAACUGAAACCGACGGGGACAUGUUGGGUUACGACCUGUACAGCAGCGCUCUUGCGGACAUUCUCAGCGAGCCCACCAUGCAACCGCCCAUCUGCGUUGGGCUGUACGCACAAUGGGGCAGUGGCAAAUCGUUUCUUCUGAAGAAACUCGAGGAUGAAAUGAAGACAUUUGCCGGGCAGCAGAUUGAGCCGUUGUUCCAGUUCUCCUGGCUGGUGGUUUUCCUCACCCUCCUGCUGUGUGGCUCAGUGGCUGUGAUAUUGGGCUUUACUGUUGAUCACAAGCUGGCCAUUGCCGUUUCCCUCAGUUUCCUCGCUUUGAUUUACAUCUUUUUUGUUUUGGUGUACUUUGGAAGCCGACGUGAGAGAGAGAGCUGGAACUGGGCGUGGGUCAUCAGCACUCGCCUGGCCCGCCAAAUUGGCUACCUGGAGCUUCUUCUCAAACUGAUGUUUGUCAAUGCCCCCGAGCUGCCUGAACAAACCACCCGUGCACUGCCUGUCAGAUUCCUGUUCACGGAUUACAAUCGCCUGUCCAGUGUGGGAGGGGAGACCUCUAUGGCCGAGAUGAUCGCCACGCUCUCAGACGCGUGUGAAAGGGAGUUUGGUUUCAUGGCCACUCGGCUGUUUCGAGUUUUCAAGAAUGAUGAGAUCCAAGGUAAAAAGUGGAAAAAGACAUGCUGCGUGCCAUCCUUUGUCCUCUUUUCCUUGACACUUUGCUGCCUCAUUGCCGGUUUAGCCUUGCUCGCAAUAUUUAAGGUGGACCCUGAGAACCUGACAGUCAAUGCAGUGCUUAUCGCAAUGGCCAGCAUUGUUGGCCUGGCCUUGCUGCUCAAUUGUAAGACCUGGUGGCAGGUGGGCGACUCAGUCCUCAACUCCCAGAGAAAACGCCUGCACAGCGCUGCCAACAAUCUGCACCAACUCAAGAGUGAAGGUUUUAUGAAGGUUCUGAAACACGAGGUGGAGCUGAUGUCGAAAAUGGCCAAGUCCAUUGACGGAUUUACUCAGAACCAAACGCGAAUGGCCGUCAUCAUCGAUGGGCUGGACGCCUGUGAACAGGACAAAGUGCUGCAAAUGCUGGACACGGUGCGAGUUCUCUUCUCCAAAGGGCCCUUCAUUUCGAUCUUCGCCAGCGACCCGCAUAUCAUCAUCAAAGCCAUCAAUCAAAACCUCAACAGCGUGCUGAGAGACUCCAACAUCAACGGACAUGACUACAUGAGGAACAUUGUCCACCUGCCAGUGUUCCUCAACAGCAGAGGUCUCAGCACUGCCAGGAAGCUCUGCAUGGCGGCGCCCUCCAAUGGCGACAGCUUCGCUACAGAAGGAUGGACGGAAGACGUUGACAAGAAGAUGUCUCAGAGUAGCCUGGCUCCGGACCAGGCGAAGUUUGGCAGCAAGAACGCUCUUAACCGCAGGGACACGUAUCGGCGACGCCAGAUGCAGAGGACCAUCACUAGGCAGAUGUCCUUUGACUUGACAAAGCUGCUGGUGACCGAAGACUGGUUCAGUGACAUCAGCCCCCAGACCAUGAGGAGGCUGCUCAAUAUUGUUUCUAUCACUGGUCGUUUGUUGCGAGCUAAUCAGAUCAUCUUCAAUUGGGAUCGUCUGGCGUCGUGGAUCAAUUUGACUGAGGAGUGGCCUUACAGGACAUCAUGGAUCAUCCUGUUUUUAGAAGAAAGUGAUGGCGUGUCUGAUCAGGUCGCUCUCAAGACGAUCUAUGAGCGGCUGUCCAAGAAUAUUCCCACCACCAAGGAUGUAGAACCGCUGCUGGAGAUCGACGGCGACAUCCGCAGCUUUGAGGUGUUCCUCUCCUCCCGAACUCCAGUCCUCACCGCUAGAGAUGUGGAAAUGUUCCUUCCCUGCACCGUAAACUUAGACCCCAAACUUCGAGAGAUCAUAGCAGAUGUGCGUGCAGCCAGGGAGCAGAUGCACGUGGGAGGGGUUACGUAUCCCACAAUGCCUUUGCAGGAGGCGGUGGUGCCCCGUCCACAGCCGGGAUACGGCCAGCACACGGCAGCCUGUUCCCCGGCUGGCUCCUUUGCCGGUUCCUUGCCGCCUCAGCCUCACAGUGCCUACUUCAGUGGGAUGACUGGUCCUCAGCAUCCUUUCUAUAACCGGCCUUAUUUUCCCCAACAUGUGUAUCACCUGCCAAGGCAUUACCCCCAUCAUGCCCCCUCAUCCUUGCACCCUUCCAUUAAGCAUCCUGCUCACCCCAAGGACAUCACCGGUGGACUUGACGUUAUAGCAGAAGAUGCGAGAGAAGGCCUCCACACCUGUCCCUCUGACCCCGCCAUGCUUUUAAGGUCACUGCCUUACAAAUCAAAGCAGGCCUCCCCAGCCGUCCUCCUCAGCUCCAUGAGUACCGAUGCAGUGUGUGAGUUCCUCAAACAGAUCGAUGGAAUCGACGGCAGCAUGCUGCGUCAGUACACCGCCACCAUCAAGAAGGCCAAUAUAAAUGGACGUGUGCUGGCCCAGUGCAACCUGGAUGAGCUGAAGAAAGAGAUGGAUAUGAACUUUGGUGACUGGCAGCUCUUCAGGGGAAUGGUGAUGGAACAACGGCACGCCGAAAGCCAGGCUGUGCUUGAGGACGAGUCGCGAGCUGCGAGCGAGCAGGGCAACAGCGUGUUCAACGGAGGAGAGCCGGCCAAGCGCUUGGUGGGGGCCCAGCGGGAAGCGGGGACCUUCAACCUCAACUUGAGCUUUGAGGAGCUGAGCGGAGGAGGACUCGAAGAGCCCCCGAAACCCAGCAGCAUCUCGCAGUGGCCGGUGGCGAGUCUCCGCACCACAAGCAUGUCCAGCCUCAACUCGCAAGAAUCGUCCAACAACAUCUGCAGGUUGACCGACAGGCAGCAGGCCGAGUACCGUGACGCUUACCAGGAGUACAUCGCUCAGAUGGCCCAGCUGGACGUGGCGGGCGGCGCCAAGGAGAGGCCGGGGCAGCACCAGCCUUCGACCUUCCUCCAGGCUGCCAGCUCGGACGACAAAGUGGCGAAGGAAGGAGCAGACCAAGAUGGCCGCAAGCCUUUCGUCAAGAGAGUUUCCAAGGUGACUGAGGCCACAGAGGUGCCCACGGGGGCUGAUGCCCAGCUCCUCGAUCCCAUCAGCGAGGAGGAUGAGAAGCUGGACCACAGCGCGAGCUCCAGAAACAACGCGACCGAGACGCGCCUCCGCAAGCUGUCCAGCGAUGAUGACUCAAGCCCGGAGGAGGCGGACAACACCACGCCGCUCCUCCAAAAAGAAGCAAAAGCCAAGUUCUCACAUUUCCUCACCAAAGGGCUUUUGGAUCGGAAGGAGUCCAGCGACCGCUUCCCAGAGGAGGCGGCGGGAGAACCCGGCUUGGAGAGGGCGGCAGCGAGGUCAGGUGGGAUGGAGCUGGAGCUGGAGGGCCUGGUCAAGAAGCGAGGCGUUCUCCCCAGUAGCCUGCAGGACGCCGCCGUGGCCCGCAUGUCCAUCUGCUCCGAAGCGGCCUCCGAGGCCAGCCUGAUGGCGAGCAGCCCGGACGAAGGGUGGCCUCCCGGCGGGAUAGGCAACCUCAACCGCAGCGAGAGCAACACCACGCUCAACAACAACACCAACGACGCCAACUCCAACACCAACAACAGCAGCUGCCAACAACAAGAGUUCACCACUUCCCCCUCUGGCGUCUCGCCCUCCGUCAUCAUCGCACCGGGCAGCGGCAACACCACCGUCACCACCGCCACCGUCCACCACAACCAGAACCUGCGCUCCAUCAACCUGGGAGAUGAAAGGGAGAGCGUCCUUUAAGAUUCUUUUUAGUUAUGAUUCAAUGAUCAUUUUUGCCAAUCAAUGAAUUAAUUUGCGGAGUGACUUUCUAAUUUUGAUGGUUAUGCAACAGUGACCCAAACGUCUAAUUCAAGUGUUUCAUAUUUACUUGUCAAUUGUAAAUUAGCUUAACAAUUCUCAAUCUUUCCCCAUUAUCUCCUAAUGCGGCAUAUUUAAUACCACGCUUCCCAGUCUACGUGAAAAAAAACAUGUUGCGACACAUUACCGUGCGUUCGCCCAGCCUCGUGAAGCUUUUCGGUACCAUCUCCAAAGCAAAAUGAUAAAAUCUGUGAUUUGCGAUUUAUUGUGUUUAACUGAGACGCAAUGUGCAACUUCUGACUUACAAAGUGCAAUGCAAAGCCGCUUUAUUUCGAGCCUUGGUCAUGUGACGUGUAAUAGAAUGUAAUCUGUUAGGAUGGAAUUGUAGAAGCUGUUACUUGUUAAUGGUAAUAUUGUACUUUAAAACAAAGGUGUCAAACUCUUUUAACGUUGUAAUUUUGACCAUGAUUAAAAAAAAAAAACACAGAACAUUGGUUAACCAGAAGCUGAGCUGCACUGGGUUUGUUUAUGAACUAAGCAUGUGGCGUGAUCUCGCUCCUUAAUUGCUAGUUUUUCGUGGGCCACGUCUGAUGGUUGGAGUUUGACACCCAGGCUUUAAAGAAAAAAAAAAAGUCUAAAUUAGGAAUGGAUUAUAGUGCAGAUGUUGUGACAUUGUGGUGCUUGUUACCUAGAGAUGAUUUGUGAAGUGGUGAAAUGUAACAUGUCGAGUGUUGUGUUUGCUGGUAUCGACAUUUACUCAGUGGUCAUGUGGAGUAGUGGACUAUUCUGUCAAAGGUAUUUGCAUGCACUCCAAGGUUCUGCUAUAUGAUGUUCUGUCUGCUAAACAUUGUCAAAUUAUUUCAUUAUUUAAAUCAAUACAGGAUAUUCAAAUCACUGGAA